AUGGAUGGUUGGCAAACCGAGUCGAUCGCCGCGGUAUCGACGAACAUAGAACAGGCAUACGCCCUGACGGUUCUCUUGCCGGCCUACAAUGAAGAGCUGGCCAUCGAGACGGUGCUGGCCGAAGUCGUCGAAUCGCUGGUCGGCGAAGACCUGCGUUAUGAAAUCCUAGUGGUCGACGACGGUUCGACCGAUCGCACGGCCGAGUUAGCCGAGCAGUUUGCCGAGAGUUGCUGGCAAUGUCCCGUGCGUGUGGUUCGCGCCGCAGAAAACCGCGGGGCAGGGGCCGCCCGUAAGAUCGGUGUCCGCGAAGCCCGGGGCGACGUGGUGGUAAUGCUCGAUGCCGACGGUUCGUAUCCAGCCACCGCCAUCCCCGAGCUGCUGGCGUACUUCCCGCAAUACGACCAGGUAAACGGGGCCCGCACUUCCGAGCAAGGCACUAUGCCUUGGCUGCGGGGUCCGGCCAAGUGGUUCAUCCGCCGGCUGGCUUGUUAUCUCACCGGUCAUCCCAUCCCCGAUCUCAACACCGGGCUCAAAGCCUUCAAGCGCGAGACGAUGCUCCGUUGGCUGUGGGUUGUGCCCGAUGGCUUCAGUUGCGUGACGACGAUGACGCUGGCCUUCUUAACCAACGGGUUCUACGUGAAGUACGUGCCGGUGGAGUACCGCCGGCGGAUCGGUCGCAGCAAGUUCCAUCCGGUGAAAGACACGCUGGCCUACCUCAGCACGGUAAUUCGCAUCGUGCUGUACUUCCGACCGCUCAAAGUCUUUCUACCGGCGGCCGGGGCGAUGCUUCUUGCUGGCGUGCUCAAGAGCUGCUGGAGCUUCAAGACUACCGCAUCGAUGCAAGAAUCGGACAUCGUCGUGCUCACCGCCGGCUUCAUGACCCUGAUUCUUGGAGAAACGACCGUGACCCGUGUCGCCGAUGAACUAGAGUCUUCGCCGCUUGGUACUCAGAACCGAUCCACGCGCCUUCGUGAUGAAUCGCAGCGAACACUGUACGCUCAGUCGGCACUCGCCCUGAUUCCGCGGUUGCUGAGUUGCAUCGACCGCAAUCCUUACCGGCCAACCUACGGCUGCAUGGACCGGCAGUUUUGGCACUAUCGCACAGCCGAUUUCCCUUCCGAGAUGUAUCAAGAGGGAGCCCUGGCCCUCGCGCAGGUUUACCGCUACGAGUUGCCGGGCAACCGUUGGUACGGCGAUCCGACGAUUCGCGAGCUGGCCAUUGCCGCCAUUCGAUAUGCCGCCAAGAGUUGUCAUCGCGAUGGUUCGUGCGACGACUACUAUCCUUUCGAACGAGCCCUGGGGGCGGCCGUGUUUUCGCUCCAGGCCACCACGCGGGCUUAUCAACUCUUGGAGCUCGACGAUCCGCAGAUCGAGGCAUGGUUUCGCCUGCGAGCCCAGUGGCUGAUCGACAACGAUGAGUCGGGGCGGCUCUCGAACCACCAGGCCCUGGCUGCACUUACCUUAGAACGUGUGUACAAAAUCACAGGCGACGUUCAAUUCCAACAAGCCGCUGCGAAACGUAUAUCGAAGCUGCUCUCCUGGCAGUCGGACGAAGGUUGGUUUGACGAGUAUGGCGGGGCCGACCCCGGCUACCAGACGGUCACGAUCGACUGCCUGGCCAAGUACCGAGCAAUGACCGGAGCAACCUGGUUCGACGACGCUCUUGAGCGAGCUGUAAAAUUCUCCCAUGCCUUCCUGCAUCCAGACGGCAGCUACGGCGGGCCGUAUGGCAGUCGCGGCACGAUGCACUUCUACCCACACGGUUUCGAGUUGCUCGCCGGUACCAACCCUACGGCCGCAACCAUGGCCGACGGCUUUCUGCAGGCCUUGCAGCAUGGCACUGUUGCCUGCUUCGACGAUGAUCGGCUUGUCGCCCACCGAUUGGGCAACUUGAUCGAAGCCUAUCUCGACUGGCAGCCGGAAGUGCCGGUCGGUGAGGAAACUCCCUCUGCAUCGCCGAUCGAGCAGUUUUCAAAAGCGGGAAUCUGGGUCCGUCGUGAGCCUUCAACGCACACGGUCAUCUCAACCGCGCGGGGCGGCACGUUCAAGCACUUUGCUAAGGGUGAGCAUGUCACGACCGAUGCCGGGCUGAUCGUCGAAACCGAAGAUGGACGGCUGGCAGUGUCGCAGAUGCAAGAUAUCGAGCGAGAGGUACAAACCAAAUCAUCCUCGCACGUCGAGACACUCACCGUACAGGGUCAGCUCAGUUGGACAAAUUACGAGACGGCGACUCCGCUGAAGUUCAUUGCCCUCCGCUCGUUCAUGCUGCUGGUGGGUCGCUGGUGCCGAACCUUCGUACGCAAGUUGCUGCAGCAAAGGUUAAUCACCGGUCGCCGACCGUGCCCGAUCCGACUGGCGCGAACUUUCGAGCUGCUCUCCACAGCCAGUUCUGAAGAACGUCCAUCUGCUUCGCUCCGCGUGACCGACACAAUUGAGCUGCUCGACGCGAAGCUGCGCAUCCGGCGGAUGAGCUUCGGCACCGAUCACGAAUCGGCCUAUGUGGCCGCCACCGGGGUCUAUCAACCGGCCGUGCUCUCGCCCUGGUUUGGGCUCGACCAAUACGUGGAAGCAUUAAACCGUUGGAUCGCAUGCCUUACGCCGAUUGGCGUGGGCGAAGCAGUACGACAGACCUUGGCCGCUUCGGCCUUGAACCUCGUACUACCCGCUAAACUGGGCGAUCUCUCCAAGGCUGGCAUGUUGCCAGUUGACGAGCCCAAGCAGCGGGCCGUCGCGAUGUAUCGGGCCACGGCAGAAAAGCUGACCGACGUGGCGAUCCUCGCCCUGUUCGUCGUCUGCGGUGCGGUGGGGCUCAGCAGCCUGAGCAUCGCCAUCGGUGGUGCGGCAUUGUUCUGUGUGGCGUGCAUCGUCCGGCGCGGUGAUUCUCCGGUUUUAAUCACCGCACGUCUGUGGAUGCUGCUGCUUGCUUGGACGGCCGUACUGUGGACGCUGCACCUUACGCAGUUGCAUCUGUUUCUGCAUGCGGCCGGCGUCACGGUGCCGUGGGAGACGACCACUGCCAGAAUGCCUUUGGCCAUCUUUGCCGGGCUACUACCGGUUUCAUUCUGCGGCAUUGGUACCCGCGAUGCGGCCCUAGUAACCGUGUUCUCUGACAUUGCCCCGGCAGCUCCGAUGCUGGUGGUCGGCAUGCUUACCGCACUGCGCUACUUCAUCCCCGGCGCGAUCGGCAUCGCUUUGCUUGGUGGCUAUCUUCCUAAGCUUUCUGCAACCUCGUGGCGAGGGCCACUUUUCUGGAAAAGAUUGCGGGUUGGAGAACCCUUGCGGCCGACAAUAGUUGUGCCGGCUGGUGAAAUGCGCCGGAGUUGGUUUUUGGGGCUUCAUGCAAUCGCGGGGUUCAUCAUGCGUCGACAACUUUGGGCACUGGUCGUCAUCAUGGCCGCCACGGUGUCGGUUGGCAGCGGAUGCUCCACGUGUUUGAGUCCGUACGACUACUGCGGUCCAGUGUUCGCUGGAGGUGAGUGCGAGACGUGCCUGGUGCACGAACGCGUUGGCUCGGUCAUCGCCGAUCCUGGAAUCGGGGUCUGGGGUGAACUCAGCCCUGCUCCUUCCAGCCGAACUCCGCGUGAAGCGACUCCGGAAGACGACAAUCCAUCGUUUGAAGACAUGCCAAUUCCGGACGACGACGAGACCAUUCCAUUCCCAGGCGGCCCGCGCGAGAUGGUCGAACCCAUCUCCACAUUCCCGCGUGGCCUUCGUCUGCACCGCCUGCGCGCGAUGGCUACCACUGCGGAAAGCUCCCCACGCAACGAAGAGGAACAUCACGACGUUGUGAUGACUCAAACCCCACCGAGCACGGUGGGAGGGAUUCUACGUCGCUUGGGGCCAGGUUUGAUCAUCGCCGCCUCGAUUGUGGGCUCGGGCGAGCUGAUCAUGACGACCAAGACCGGAGCCGAAGCCGGUUACUGGUUGUUGUGGCUCGUCAUCAUCGGCUGCGUCAUCAAGGUCUUCGUGCAGAUCGAGUUCGGCCGUUUCGCGCUCACUCAAGGCAAGACUUCACUGCAAGGCAUGGAUGAAGUCCCCGGUCCCCGGCUUCGCGUGAACUGGCUGGUGUGGUAUUGGGUGGUCAUGUUCGUCGUGGGGCUAGGCCAACUCGGUGGGAUUCUGGGCGGCGUCGGGCAAUCGAUGGCGAUGACUGUGCCCAUCAGUGGCGAUUACAACGCUUUUCUGCAUGUCCGCGCUGCACAAGUUGAAUUCGACGAUGCCGUCACGGCCGCCGUCGUGGCUGGUGGGCAGGGGGCCGAUCGAUCGGAAGCUGAACAGACCGUAGCCGAACAACUCGGCCCCCGUCCCGAGUUACCGCCACAUCGCGACGAUACCUAUUGGUGCAUCAUCAUCGCGGUUAUCACGUCGUUGCUCUUAAUCAACGGGCGCUACGCGGUGAUCCAAACGGUGGCCACUACGCUGGUCGUGUUCUUCGUGAUCAUCACCUUCGCCAAUCUUGGCAUCCUCCAGACGGAACCGGCAUGGAGGACAAGUUGGGCCGACGUUCGUCAUGGUCUCAGUUUUUCACUGCCGCCGAACUCAGAUACCGCGGUCGUAACGGCACUGGCUGCCUUCGGAAUCAUUGGCGUGGGGGCCAGCGAAUUGGUGGCCUAUCCCUACUGGUGCUUGGAAAAAGGCUACGCGCGUUUCACCGGCCCCAGAGAUGAAAGCCCUCAAUGGGCCCAACGCGCGCGUGGUUGGUUGCGCGUGAUGCACUGGGACGCCUGGUGCUCGAUGGUGAUCUACACCUUUGCCACCCUCGCGUUUUACAUCUUGGGUGCGGCCGUACUAAGUCGGGCCGGAAAUAUCCCGUCGAAUGACGCGUUAAUUCGCACUCUGGCCGACAUGUAUGUGCCCGUGUUUGGUGAGUUUGCCGCACCGAUGUUCCUGCUCGGCGCUUUCGCGGUGCUGUACUCCACGUUCUUCGUUUCCACCGCGGGGAACUCUCGCAUGGCGGCCGAUGCCCUGCGGGUUUACAGAAUCAGCGGGGCCGACGUCGAAAGCCGCCGCCGCUGGGUUCGCAUUUUCUGUGGGGCGUUUCCAAUCGUUUCGCUGACAAUCUUCCUUCUGUUCCCGCAACCGGUCACAUUGGUGGCGAUCAGCGGGCUCAUUCAAUCGACGUUGCUGCCAAUGCUCGGCGGAGCAGGGUUGUACUUUCGCUAUCGUCGCUGCGACCCUCGAAUCAAACCGGGGCGAUUCUGGGAUACCAUGCUCUGGAUCUCAGUCGGAGGGUUGCUCAUCGCCGGCGGAACCGACUGUGUCAGUUGUUCAUUCUGUGGGUCGAAUCCGUUGAGCAGUUUGCGACUCAUCUUACUGGUGCUGGGACCGAUUCCCAUCUUGCUCUGCUCAUGGUCAGCAUCGCACUGGGUGCGACCCACGAGCACCAAGGUAGCUGCGAGCAACACACUGGUGUUCGACCUGAGUCGAGGGCCGGCAAGCGAUGCUGGUGUCUUCGGCGACAUGCUCACGGCAGAGUUCGUUGAUGAAACCUUGGACGCCGCAUGUCGGCGACGCGGAAGGCAGCUUGCCGCCCGACUGGGUCCACACUGCAACCACAUCGUUCGAGUUCCUUUUGUAAUUGCCGGCGACCUUCCGACCGAGGCACUCGAUGGUUGGUACCACCGAACCAUCGACCCCGCCGCGCAAGCCCUCUGGGCGAACUAUUUCGAUAAGCGGCCGGAUGAACCGAUCGUUGUGUUGCUAUUCAACGGAACUGAGAGCUACGACCAUUACAGCCACGCUUUGUUUGGCGAUGAGGGUAUCUCGGUCUUCGGCUAUUACAAGCCGCGUCAACGCACGUUGGUGAUGAACAUUUCGACCGGCGGGGGAACGCUCCUGCAUGAACUCACCCAUGCCCUGGCCGACUUCGACUUUCCCAAGAUUCCCGAUUGGCUCAACGAAGGUCUGGCGUCUCUGCACGAACAAGCGCGAUUGACCGAUGCCCCGCCCCGCAUCGAGGGCUUACUCAACUGGCGAUUGCCGGUGCUCCGCGAUGCAAUUGAUCGCGAUCGACUGCGUACGCUCGAAGAGCUAACCACCGACGAUGACUUCCGUGGAACCGACGAAGGCGUGAACUACGCACACGCUCGAUACUUCUGCCUCUACAUGCAGCAGCAGGGAGUCCUUCGUGACUAUUACCGCAUCUUCCACGCUUCCCGCGCGCAAGACCCCACCGGAGCCGAUUGUGUGUUGGAAGCCUUUGAUGGGAUAUCCUGGCAGGAGUUAGAUGCCUCAUUCCGGCAAUGGGUCGCCGGGCUGGAUGGCCCACCGCAGGACGGCUGA